GAGAUGAUGAACCCGACACUGCCGAGCCCGUCGCCGACGUCCACGGACGCCUGCCUCAGCAUAGUGCACAGUCUCAUGUGCCACCGUCAAGGCGGCGAGUCCGAGGAGUUCGCCAGGAAGGCCAUUGAGAGCCUCGUCAAAAAGCUGAAGGAGAAGCGCGAUGAGCUGGACUCGCUGAUCACGGCCAUCACCACCAACGGGGCGCACCCGAGCAAGUGUGUCACCAUCCCGCGCACGCUCGAUGGCCGCUGCCAGGUCGCUGGAAGGAAAGGGUUCCCACACGUGGUGUACGCCAAGAUCUGGCGCUGGCCCGACCUACACAAAAACGAGCUGAAGAAUGCCAAGUUCUGUCAGCUGGCCUUCGACCUGAAGGCGGACGCCGUCUGCGUCAACCCGUAUCACUACGAGCGGGUCGUCUCCACCGGAAUAGACCUGUCGAGCCUGUCCAUCCACCCGUCGAACCCGUCGUCGGUGAAGAACGAGUACACGGCGGGCCUGGACCACCCGGAUGCGGCUGACGCGGCGCCGCAGUCGGCCGGCGGCGUGUCACCGGCGGCCGCCGUGGCUGCUCAGCACCGAGCGCCACUGCACGGCCUUCCAUAUGGCGUGCCCUCCCACGCAAAUCAUUUCAUGAAUGCUGCGCCGUUUAUAGCCGGCCCGGGCGGCGCCCUGCCACCCCAGCUGCCGGCCAAUGGGUUCGGACUAGGCACGGCGCGGUUCGGCGCCGCCGGCACGGCCGCCCCCUGGAGCGGCGGCGACCGCGGCUCCGGCUCCGGCUCGGGCUCCGGUACCGGCUCGACGCUGACCUACCGGCGCGACAUGGCGCCGGACCGGCCGGCUGCCUACACCUUUUCGGGGACGAACGCGCACGUGCAGCAUCAGGACACGCAGGUGCUGCUGUCCAGCGUGCCGGCCCCCGAGUUCUGGUGCAACAUCACCUACUUCGAGCUGGACACGCAGGUGGGCGAGGCGUUCAAGGUGCCGUCCAGCAUGUCCUCGGUGACGGUGGACGGGUACGUGGACCCGUCGGGCGACAGCCGCUUCUGCCUGGGGGCACUCAGCAACGUGCACCGCACCGAGCAGAGCGAGCGUGCCAGACUCCACAUCGGUAAGGGAGUGCAGCUGGAUGUGCAGGGCGAGGGCGACGUGUGGCUGCGCUGCCUCAGCGACCACGCCGUGUUCGUGCAGAGCUACUACCUGGACCGAGAGGCGGGCCGCGCGCCCGGCGACGCCGUCCACAAGAUCUACCCGGCCGCCUACAUCAAGGUGUUUGACCUGCACCAGUGUCACCGGCAGAUGCAGCAGCAGGCGUCGCAGGCGACGGCGGCGGCGGCGGCGCAGGCGGCGGCCGUGGCCGGGCACAUCCCGGGCGUGGCCAGCGUCGGCGGCAUCGCGCCGGCCGUCACCAUGGCUCCGGUGGCGGGGCUCGGGGUCGACGACCUGCGCCGGCUCUGCAUCCUGCGGCUGAGCUUCGUCAAGGGCUGGGGGCCCGACUACCGCCGCCAGAGCAUUAAGGAGACGCCCUGCUGGGUGGAGGUGAACCUGCAUCGCGCGCUGCAGCUGCUCGACGGCGUGCUGCAGACCUCGCGCGUCGUCGCCGCCCGCUCCUGAGCGGGGCGUGCGAACGGGCGGCGGGCUGGAUACAGUGU